AUGUCAAUUGAAACCAUAUCAAUAGGGAACGAACUUAAAGAUUCUUAUAAACUGACAUCAAAAUGGGUGAAUAACGGUAUAAAUUGGUUACAAGAUAUAUCUGAUUUUUAUCAAGAACGAUCCAAUUUGGAAAAGGAAUACCUGACGAAAUUAAAGGAAUUGACGAAAAAAUACUUUGAUAAAAAAAGUAAACUAUCUGCUAGUUUAUCAGUAGGGGAUGAACCAGCCAUAACUCCAGGUUCUUUAGAAAAUGCUUCUUUAGUACUUUGGACUGAUUUAUUGACACAAACAGAAGCUAUUGCUGACGAAAAAUCUAAUUUAUCUCGAGAAUUUCAGUCGAAAAUUGCUGAUAAUUUAAUUACAUUGAAGAAUAAAUGUGAAAGAGUAGCCAACUUAGCCAAUUCUAUUAAUGAUUACUUAGUGGAAGAAAAGAAUAAAUUUGAAGAUGAAGUGAAUAAAGCUAAAAAGCAUUAUGAUUCAUUAUGUCAAACUACAGAAACUGCUAGAGACAAAAAUGAAAAGGCACCUAAUGAUAAGCAUCAAAAGAAAUUGGAUGAAAAACAAGUUAUUAUGAAUAAUGGGAAAAAUGAAUAUUUGAUAAAGAUUAAUGUUGCCAAUAGAUUAAAAGAUAAGUAUUAUUAUCAAGAUGUUCCGGAAAUCUUAGAUUAUUUACAAGAAUUGAAUGAAGAUAGAGUGGAAUUAAUGAAUAAAUUAUUGAAAAAUGCAUCAAUUAUUGAACGUAAUUCUGCCGAUAAAGUCAAAGAGAAGUUACAUGCCAUUGAUCAAACUAUUGAACAAAAUAAUCCAAAAUUAGAUAUCACAAUGUUCAUUAAACAUAAUGCUGUGGAUUGGAAAGAACCACAAGAUUUUUAUUUUAUCCCCUGUAGUUUUUGGCAUGAUGAUGAAAGUUUAAUUAUAAAAGAACCUGAAUUGACGGAAUUGAAGAAAAAAUUGAGCAUUGCCUCAAAUGAAUAUUAUAAAUUUGAACAAAGUUGUAUUGAUGUCAAACAGAAAUUAGAAGAGAGCACUAAUAAAAGAAAACGUGAUAAUGAAAACAUUACUUUGAAAUUUGAUACUGGAUUACAAGGUUCAUUAUCAAUUUUACACAAAUUCAUGAAAGAAGAUACUAAUAGGGUUAAGAAUGAAGUGGAAAUUGAAGUAAUUCAAAAUUUUGCUGGAGAUAAAGAUUUGACAUAUGUUGCUCCGGUAAAGGAAAAGAAAUCAAGAUUUGGAUUUUUAACUGGAAAUCAUAAAAAAUCACAAUCAGGAGGUGGCGGUGGUGGUGGUGCUACACAACUGGAUGCAUCGUCUGAAGUUCAUUCAUUGAACCCUGUGAAAACAAGUACUUCUUUGCAUAGCGGAAUUUUUGAUUUGCGUCGUAAUAAGAGUAUUGCUUCUACGGUUUCAGGUGGUGUUGGCAAUGGUGCAGCAUCAAUUCAAGCAAGAGCACUUUAUGACUAUACUGCCGCAGGAUCAGACGAAACAACAAUUGUGGCAGGUGAUCAAUUAUCUGUCAUUGAAGAAGAUGAUGGUUCAGGAUGGACUAUGGUGAACGGUCCACAAGGUCAAGGGUUAGUACCCACAUCAUAUAUCGAAAUCACAAGUCGAGGACCACCGCCACUGUCCCAACAACCUCAACAGAAGAAAAAGGGACCAAGUGUAGCACCACGUUGUGGAGCUAAAAAAGUUCAAUAUCUUGAAGCAUUGUAUGAUUAUACUGCUGAUGGGGAUGAUGAAAUAUCUAUCACAGCCGGUGAUCGUAUAGUAUUAGUUCAAGAUGAUACUGAUGGUAGUGGAUGGACAGAAGGAGAACUUAAUGGACAAACAGGUAUGUUCCCAACUAGUUAUGUUAAAAAGAUAUAG